UAAAAAAACCAGACCUUUGAGAUCAUAAAAUUCCGCUUGGACCAUUAAAACUGUCAAUUAUUCCUUCUUUCUCCUCCACUGCUUCAUUCAGUCUGAUCCCCGGACCUUCACUCGUCCAAUUAACCAUGUGUACGGAUGGAGAGAAGUUUGACGCCUGGAACAUGAGUUUUGGACUCGAUCAGCUCGGACUGGACGAAAUGACAAUAUACGGUUUCGACGUGACAUUUCCAUCAAAACCCGAGUUCUCCUUGAGCGCUUCCAGUGAGGAUUCUGAACUCGCCAAUGACACGGACACUCAGCGUCUCCACAGUGAGGAGGAAAGUUCUAGGUGCUCAGGUUUGAAGACUCCGCCUCAUACAGAACACAGCUUCUCGUACGCCAAGCUGCACGACGACGCCAGCACCGCGUUACUAAACAUGGCGUGUAAGAUAUGUGGAGAUCGAGCCUCGGGGUAUCACUACGGCGUCCACGCUUGUGAAGGGUGUAAGGGCUUCUUUCGGAGAACCGUGGGAUUGAAGCUGAAGUAUAAACACUGCAGCCGGAACUGUCGAGUCCACAAAAAAAGCCGGAACAAGUGUCAGUUCUGCCGGUUUAAGAAGUGUGUUUUGGCAGGAAUGUCUCACACAGCCAUUCGUUUUGGGAGAACGCCUCUAGCCGAGCGAGAGAAGCUGAUCAUGGAGUUCCACACAGUCGUGCAUCGGCUGGAACCGGAGUCAGGAAAACAACAAGCGAUCGCCAGGAAUUUAUACCGUUCCUACCUCAGACACUUCCCAAUAACGAAGAGCAAAGCCAAAGCCAUUUUAUCAGGAAAAGACACAGAAAACCCGCUGUUCAUCAUCCACGAUAUGAAGUCUCUGAUGGCUGGUGAGGGGUUCCUGGUGUGGAAGCACUCGUCUGUGCCGGCUCUGUUCCCCGUCGCCGAGCUGGAGUUGUCCAUGUUCCGCCGUGUGCAGUACGGCUCGGCCGAGUGCGUGCGCAGAGUCGCAGAGUUUGCGAAGAGCAUCCCGGGUUUCGGGGAGCUGGAGCUGAGCGAUCAGAUCACCAUGCUGAAGUACAGCGCCUUCGAGGUGAACAUCAUCUGCCUGAGUCACUUCACCAACAAGGACGGCGUGCUGAUGGCCGAGGGACGAGUCUUCAUGACCCGAGAGUUCAUCAAGAGCCUCCGCAAACCGUUCUGCGACAUGAUGGAGACCAAGUUUGACUUCUUGGAUAAAUUUAGAGCACUCGAGCUGGAGGAGUGCGACCUGGUGCUCUUCAUCACCGCAGUCAUCCUGUGUGGAGAUCGGCCGGGUUUGGUGAACCCAAAAGCCAUCGAGGCGCUCCAGGAUGAGGUUCUUCAGACUCUGGAGUUCCAGCUGAAGGUUCUCCACCCCGAGUCUCCGCACCUCUUCGCCAAACUGCUGCAGAAGAUGACGGACCUGCGGUCGCUGGUUGCUGAACAUGUACGCAACAUCCACCUACUGAAGAAGAGCGAGCUGGACAUGUGUCUUCACCCGCUCUUACUGGAGAUCAUGCAGGACCUCUACUAGAACCCAGAACAUGACUGGGAACCGUUAUUAAUGACCUGGAUUUUAUAAACAUGUUAAUAAGAGCAUCACUAGACAGGAAAUAAGACUCACUGUAAUAUUCCAGAAUCUGCUUUUAGUUAAGAAUCCAGUAUUAGAAUCCAAACGAGAGCAAAUUCUUCAUUUGUACUGAAAAAAUAUGAAAUAAAACGUUUUGCUUUGUUUGAGAACACAUCAGACUUUUAAAAAUCCAGAUAAAACUUUAAAGCAAGAGAGAGAUUAAUUCAUUCAAUUUUUUAAAAAAAAAAAUAAAGAUUAAUAAUUUUUUUUUUUUAAAAGCUGAUCCAGAUUGUUCUUCCUUUAUAAAAAGUCAAAAAAAAAAAUCAGAUCAACAAUUAAAAAAUUAAAUAAAUAAAAACACUGAAAAAGCAAGAUCUAGAUUAUUCUCUUUAAACAAAUACAUUUUUAAAAAAGUUUAAAAGUCCAGAUGAUUCAUUUUUUUUAAAAUAAAGAUAUGUUAUUAAUUGAAAAAAGAUGAAAUCCCAGGUCAAGAUUUUUCAUUUAAACAAAAGGACAACAGCAAGAUUCAGAUUACUGAUUUAAAUAAGAAAAAGAAAAACAAUCUCCAGAGUAAUAAUUCUAAGAAAUAUAAAAAGGCUCCAAUUAUUCAUUUAAAAAUUUUACAGCAAAAUUCAGAAUAUUUAUUUAAAAUGUAAAACACAAGAUCCAAAUUUUUAUUUAUUUAAAAGAUUGAAAAUAAGAUGAGUAUUAAUUAAUUAAAGAAAAUAAAAGUAAUAAAUACAACUAAAAUUUUAGGUCGCUUUUGCUUAAAAUUGUUUGAUGUGGCAGUUCCACAAAAAGUCAUUAAAUAACAGAAAAAGACAAAAGUACAACACUUCCACUCUGAUCAAGAAAUCUAGCUUUUAGAAAUAUUCAAAUUAGAAGCAACUCUAACCCUACAUGCCCCGCCCCUUUUCCCACUGCAUGGCCUGUAUUUGCAUACAGAAACAUGAUUGGCUGUUAUAUUUUAUGAUGCAAUAACAGUUGUAGUUUCCUUACUGUGAUGUGUCUGUUCACUUAAGAUCAUUUCUCCUGAAAGAGUUUGAUUUUAAACACAUUUUAUAAAGUUAAUGGCGAUGUUUACAAAAUUAAAGUGCAUUAUAAAGUUA